UCAAUCAAACUGGUUCCUUGUCCUUCUUUCUUUCAGUUUCUAACUGCCUGGUCCAACAGCCGUUUCUGUGGAGAUGGUUGCGAUCAGGGCAGCGCCACCCGUGAUUUCUUGUUCCUAUUCCGAGUCGCUGUCUGCGGGUUCAGCUUCGCCCAAGAUUGGAUUCGUUCAGUUUCCGGUAAACAAUGCGGUAAAUUUGGGGAGGCGGAGCUCGUCGCAGCCGAUUAAGGCGACGGAGGAGUCGACUCUGUCCCUCACCAACGACUGCGCUGAUGUCAUUCCGGGUGAAAAUGCCUGCCGAUUGCCCAAUAUUGGACAGUCAACAAACAUUGUAUGGCACAAAAGUUCUGUUGAUAAGCUUGCCCGACAAGAGUUGCUUCAGCAAAAGGGUUGUGUAGUAUGGAUUACAGGUCUCAGUGGCUCAGGGAAAAGCACCUUGGCAUGUGUUCUAAGCCGAGCCUUGUACUCAAGGGGAAAAUUAACUUACAUCCUAGAUGGUGACAAUGUUCGGCAUGGCUUAAACCAAGACCUUAGUUUUAAAGCAGAAGAUCGUGUGGAAAACAUACGAAGACUUGGGGAAGUUGGAAAGCUUUUUGCUGAUGCUGGUAUUAUUUGCAUUGCCAGCGUGAUUUCACCUUACAGAAAGGACCGAGAUGCAUGUCGUGCCAUGUUACCAGAAGGAGAUUUCAUUGAGGUGUUCAUUGAUGUGCCACUCCAAAUAUGUGAAUUUAGGGAUCCAAAGGGACUGUACAAGCUUGCACGGGCUGGAAGAAUUAAAGGUUUCACUGGUAUUGAUGACCCCUAUGAACCACCACUGAAUUGUGAGGUGGCAUUGCAAUACAAUGAAAACAACUGUUCUUCCCCUAAUGAUAUGGCUGAAACUGUGAUAUCCUACCUGGAACAAAAAGGGUUCCUGCAGGCCUAAGCAGAGAAGGCCCUUAAGCUCCUGAUUUGUGUAGAUUAUGUUCCAUUGUAAAAUAUGGUCUCAAAUUAUUCUUUCAUGCAGCUAGGAAUUCGCUGGUUUCACAUGUUUCUUGCAGCAAGGAAACUGCUCGUUUCCUGCAUCAAUUAUUUAUGCGUGCUCUGAAAGCCAAUUUGUUGAUAAUUGGCUUUCAUUAGUUUGGAUUGAUGAAUAAGAUGAAAUCAGAUGUGGUUAGUGUCUGGUGUAUGAAUUUGUACCAGAUUGCAAUGUAGAACUUGCUUGUGUAAUAAAAUUCAUCUCAGGUU